CCCACCAUGCUGGCGUAGAAGGGCCGAGAAGACGAGGGACAUUUGGGCAUCCGAAGGGGAGGAGUGAGAUGGCCGCCGGCGAUGAGCCGGCGUGGGGGAAGGAUACGGUGGCCGGAGUUCUGGCGAUCGUGAGCACGAGGCUCUCUUUGCGAGACCUAUGCUCGUUGCUUCUUGUCAGCUCCUCCUGCUAUCGUGAUCUCCUCGCUCAAUCCACGCUUUGGGAGGUGCUUGAUCUUCGUGAGAUGAGUAGGGCUGGGGAACGACUGAUUUCCGCACUCUCGCUGGCUAGAUAUCAAAAUGUCAAGAGGAUAAAUCUUGAAUUUUCUCGUGAUAUUGAAGAUGAACACUUUGUUCUCCUUAGAAAUAAGGUAAUGAAGUCACUUCAUGGCUUGGAGUCUUUGAAUCUCAAUGGUUGUCAGAAGAUAACUGAUAAGGGAGUUGAAGCUGUAACUAGCUGUUGCCCUAAUCUAAAGGCUUUCUCUAUCUAUUGGAAUGUUAGGGUAACUGAUUUGGGCAUCAAGCAGUUGAUUGCAAACUGCAGACAGAUGGUAGAUUUGAACUUGAGUGGCUGUAAGAACAUCUCUGACCAAAGUUUGCAGAUGAUUGCAGAGAGUUAUCAGGAAUUAAAAGUGUUGAAUCUGACUAGGUGCAUAAAAUUAACUGAUGUGGGUUUGCAACAAAUACUUCUUAAAUGUUCUUACCUUGAAAGCUUAAACCUAUAUGCUCUCUCAAGUCUCACGGAUAAGGCUUAUAAAAGUAUUGCAUCUUUAGCAAAUCUGAGGUUUUUAGACCUGUGUGGUGCUCAGAACCUGUCUGAUGAAGGCCUUUCCUGUAUAGCCAAAUGCAAGAAUUUGGUGUCACUAAACCUGACAUGGUGCGUCCGUAUCACCGACACAGGUGUGCUAGCCCUUGCACAAGGUUGUCCUUCUCUUGAAUUCCUCAGCUUGUUUGGGAUCGUUGGGGUAACUGAUGCGUCUUUGGAGGCUCUCUCCAAAUCUUGCUCAAAUACUCUGACAACCCUUGAUGUAAAUGGAUGCAUCGGCAUUAAGAGGAGGAGCCGUGAAGACUUGCUUCUCUUGUUUCCUUACCUGAGAUGCUUCAAGGUACACAGUUGAGAGUGAGCUACACAGUCUUCAACUUUAAAGUUUCUUUCCACAGGUUGAACACAUUCUUGAGAACAUCUGAGGUACAAAGCACAAGCACAAUCAGGAGAACUCUAAUUAUGCCAAACUUCUGCUAACUAAUAGAAAGAGUUCGAGAGGGGUUGCUUUGUCGCAGAAAAGAUGACACAUGCUCCUGCUAGAAGUGAUUGAUAAAACUUAGAAAGCUCAGAGCAGGUAUCAUCUCUCCUGCGACAUAGGAACCCCGUACUCGAGGCAUAGAAUGCAUUAACUUGCAUUGCUCUUUAUCCUUUGCUUUAGCCUCCUCUCAUAUUUAUAUCAUGUAUUCUGUUCAGUUCCUAGUUUCCUCUUCUUGGGCACAUGCUUUGUUCUUAUUAUAUUGACCAGGUCAGCACGUCCACACGCAUCUCCACCAUUGGUGUUUGUUCCAUGGUCAACUAGUCAUCUCACUCUAGUUUUCACAUUUGUGGACUUUUCUACUUUAUAACAAUCCCUUUAAUCAUUUGAAAGCACAGCUGUGGAACAAUGAGAAUUGUCUUAGGAGCCGCCUUCAUCACAUACUCAACGGUACACUAUAGCCUUCCCCACUUGGCCACUUGGAGCAAGUGUCUUCAGGUACCAUUUGAUUUGACUAAAUGGUUGUGAAUUUCCUUGCAUACUAAACUACAACCAUUUUGUAUUCAAUCCUAUAAAUUGGUUUUAGGCUGAAUUCUCUUUUUGGUAUUAAACUUUAUGAUCUAAAUCAUAAAAACUUGAUGCAGGUGUAUGCUAUUGAUUGAAUCUGUUAGUUUGAAUUUUCAUUUUAAUUUUACAGUGUUUGUUGUGGA